UGCUCUUAUCAACUUCUCUUCCUCCAAUUUUUCCUCUUUUAUUCUCAAACUUAUGCAACACCCUGUUCUCAUCACCAAACUAUUGCAUUACUCCAGUUCAAACAACUUUUUUCCUUUAGAAACACUUCUUCCUCUGUUUGUGAAGAUAAUCAUGUCAUUUCUUAUCCAAAAAUGAUGUCUUGGAAAGAGGAUGAUGAUUGUUGCACUUGGGAUGGGGUCACAUGUGAUUCAGUGACUGGUCAUGUGAUUGGCCUCGACCUUAGCUGUAGUUGGCUUUAUGGAAAUAUUCCUUCAAACACUAGCCUUUUUCUUCUUCCUCAAUUGAAAACACUCAACCUAUCUUUUAAUGAUUUUAAACUCUCUAAAAUUUUCCCUGAUUUUGGUCGAAUAUCUAGUUUGACACACCUUAACCUUUCCACCUCAAACUUUGGUGGUCAUAUUCCAUUUGAAAUCUCACAUUUGUCUAAAUUGGUUACAUUAGACAUCUCAAACUACUUCGGGAAUGAUAAUUUUUAUGUGAGAAUUGAAAGACCAGUUUUCGAAAGGCUAGUUCAGAAUUUGACGGUGUUAAUAGACCUUGUUCUUGAUGGUGUGGACAUGUCCUCCAUCAUGCCUAGUUCGAUGAAGAAUCUAUCUUCCUCUCUAAAUUAUCUAAGUCUCUGGGAUUGUAAAUUGCAAGGGAACUUCCCAACUCAUGUCUUUCGUUUGCCAAAUCUGCAAGUGCUUUUGUUAGGAGCUAACGCUAACUUGACAGGUAAUUUUCCCAAAGUUAAUUGGAGUAUGCCACUCAAGAUUUUGGAUGUCUCUGACAUGAGCAUGUCGGAACAGCUACCGAACUCAAUUAGCAAUCUCUUGUACUUGAGGGAAUUGUAUCUUGACAGCUGCACUCUACAAGGAUCAGUUCCUGCAAUACUUGGAAACCUUACACAACUUACAUCUUUGAGACUCUCAAAUAACAAAUUCAAUGGUCAAAUACCAUCAUUUCUUUCAAAUCUUGCCAAUCUUCAGGAUUUAUUUCUUCAUAAAAAUAAUUUUACUGGUCAAUUUCCUAAAUUUUUUUCUAACUUAACACAACUUCAGUCUUUAGACUUGUCAAGUAAUCAACUGACUGGCUCAAUACCAUCAUUUUUUUCAAACCUUGUCAAUCUUCAUGAUUUAUAUCUUCAGAACAAUAGUUUUAUUGGUCAAUUUCCUGAAUUUUUUUCCAAUUUAACACAACUUCAGUCUUUAGACUUGUCAAGUAAUCAACUCACUGGCCCAAUUCUAGAUUGUUUUGUUAACUCAUCGCAGCUUUUUCAUCUCCACUUGUCAAGUAAUCAAUUAACUGGUCCAAUCCCAAGUUCACUCUUUCAACUUGUGAGUCUAAAAGACCUUGAUCUUUCUUCUAAUAGUUUAAGUGGUAUUAUAGAGUUUCACAUGUUUUCAAAGCUUAAAAACCUUAGGUACCUUUGUCUUUCUCAAAACAAGUUGUCUGUGACCACUACUGGAUUCAAUGUCAACUCAGCAUUUCCUCAGCUUGAAUAUUUUUCUUUAUCUGAUUGCAACAUUUGUGAAUUCCCAGGUUUCUUAAGAAGCCUAGAUCAUUUAUAUCACCUAGAUCUUUCCGAAAAUAAAAUCCACGGCCAUAUACCAAACUGGAUGUCAGAGAUUGGAAAGGAUACACUGUCCUUGCUAAAUCUUUCCCACAACUCCCUCACAGGCACAAUACAGCUUCCAUGAAAAAAUCUCAUAUAUCUAGACCUUCAUUCUAACAUGCUCCAAGGAUCGCUUCCAAUUCCACAACCUUACAUAAGAUUACUUUUAGUGUCAAACAACAAUUUUACUGGGGAGAUACCAUACUUGAUCUGUAACAUGAAUUUCAUUGAGAUUUUAGAUCUGUCAACUAACAGUUUAAGUGGUAACAUUCCAGAAUGCAUGGGAAAUUUUAGUAGUCUUCAUGUGUUGGAUUUGCAGAAGAAUAGAUUUAAUGGCUCCAUUCCAAGAUCAUUUGCAAAGGGAAACAACUAUAGGACCCUUAACUUCAACAACAAUGAAUUGGAAGGGUCAAUUCCACAGUCAUUGAUCAACUGUUCAGCACUCGAAGUUCUUGAUCUUGGAAACAACAAGAUAAAUGACACAUUCCCAUAUUGGUUGGGAAAUCUUCCAAAGCUACAAGUUUUGGUUCUUCGUUCCAACAAAUUGUACGGUUCUAAUUGGGGUUGUUCAAAGACCAAAAAUUGCUUUCCUAAAUUGAAAAUCUUUGAUCUCUCCAACAACAAGCUUAGUGGUUUCUUGCCAGCCAAGUAUUUCAAAACUCUUAAUGCCAUGAUGGACUUUGGUGAAGCUGAGAAAAGCUUGCAAUACAUGGGUGAGAAUUAUUAUCAAGAUUCUGUGAUGGUAACUUGGAAAGGAUUUGAGUAUCAACUUGUGAAAAUUAUCACUACUUUCAGUACCAUUGAUUUCUCAAAUAACAAUUUUAAUGGAGAGAUUCCAGAAGUAAUUGGGAAGCUUCAUGCUCUACAUCUUCUCAAUCUUUCUCAAAACAACCUAAUAGGUUGUAUCCCACCAUCUAUUGGGAAUAUGAGUGAUUUGAGAAAUCAAUGGUACUGAAAUUAGUUGGUAAAAUUCCUUGGCAAUUGACCAAAUUGAAUUUUCUUGGAUUUUUGAAUUUGUCAAAAAACCAUCUCAAUGAACCCAUACCUCGAGACAACCACUUUGAUACCUUUCCAAACAAUUCAUAUGAUGGGAAUUUGGCAUUAUGUGGAUUUCCUUUGUCAAACACAUGUGAAACUUAUGAGGAGACACCACAAUCACUCUCAAAAUCAGAUGAUGGAGAAUCUUCAAAUGGCUUUGGUUGGAAAGCAGUGUUGAUUGGCUAUGGAUGUGGAAUGGUACUAGGAGUUACAAUGGGAUAUCUUGUGUUCUCAACGGGAAAGCCUCUGUGGGUUAUAAGGAUUGUUGAAGGAAGACAACCUAGAAAGGAGAGAAGACUGAACAACAAACGUGGAAGAAGAAGCACUUAGUUGAUUCAAAAAGUUCUCAUGGAUUUCCAGUGAAUUGAUUGUAAGAAAGGUGAAGGAUUUGCAACUUAGAGAAGGCAGAACUGGCAUCAGGAUCACCAAUAGGACAUCUCAAGACAACUACUUGCAAUUUUGGAAGAUUUCCUAUCCAUGCAGGAAAUCUGUCAUUAAUGAUGUUUUUUCCGACAUCAAACACUUCCAACCUCAAGCAAUUAGCCAAAUGGGGAAAUGGUCCCUCCAUCUUAUUACCAUUAAGGUUAACAUAUGUGAUGUAGCGUGUUGAAUUGAAUAUUUGAGGGAUUCUACCACUGAAGUUAUUCAUUCCCAGAUUCGAGACCCAUAGAUCGAGAAAAUUUCCUAAGCACUGGGUAAUUGGUCCACUCAAGCUACUAUUAAGCAAUUCCAAAUAUUGAAUAGAUGUUAAGCUGCAAAACCAUGAAGGGAUCUGUCCAGAGAUUUUAUUGUUUGCACCUUUUCAAUGUGGUUGUUUUUGCUCAAAAAUCGAUUUGAUUCGGAUGAGAUUUCUAGUUAUCAAAAAAUUAGAGUUGACUGGUUUCACAUUUGAGUGUUAAGUAUGACUCAAAUACCUGAAUGACCCAAACCAUCCAAUUUAGAGCACUUUGAUCUUCUGAUAUCUCUUCGUUCUACUCUUGACACAAACAAUCACCUAUUUCUCAUUAAAAUUCAAAUGUUGGAGCCGGAUUUUGAUCCAAGACUUUGGGCCAAUUAAAAUGUGCUCAGGCCCAAGAAGGAGCCCUUGUGCAAGAAGAAGAGAGAGAGAAAGGUAGAGUCGGGUUUUUGGUGUACUGAAAGUACAUCACUACCGCUUAUGGAGGAGCCCUUGUGCCAUUUAUAUUGUUGGCACAAAUUCUCUUUCAGAUACUUCAAAUUGGCAGCAAUUAUUGGAUGGCUUGGGCAACUCCUGUGUCUGAGGAUGCGAAAUCACCUGUUGGGGGCUCUACCCCGAUAAUUGUGUAUGUUGCAUUGUCUGUUGGCAGUUCCUUUUGCAUCCUUAGCAGAGCAACACUUCUUGCAACGGCUGGAUACAAAACAGCCAGUAUUCUCUUUAAUUAAAUGCAUCUUUGCAUUUUCCGUGUCCCCAAGUCCUUCUUUGAUGCGAUCCCAAGUGGACAAAUUGUAAACAAAGUGUAUAUGUAUCUUUCUCUGUGAUAUCAGGUGAUUGAACAUUGGCAGAAUUGUAUUUAAAAUUAUCUUCUCUGCUUGGGGCAGAGUAGCACUUUUCUGUCUUUUCUUAAUUCUGUGAAGAACAAUAUUAUACCAGAUAUUGAAUUUUCUUCCUUUUUGUGCUUUUAA